AUGCCCGUCCGUCACGACUGCCCGCCCCCACCACGCCCCACUCCGCUUUGGAGCUUGGGACUUCGGGUUGUUUGCAUACGCCCCCUUCCCGCGGGCGGGAGCGGGUGGUGGCUGUGCCCGGCCUCACUGUCCCGCCAGGGAGGUGACGCGGCUGGGUCCCGGAGGACGAAGGCCCCUAGCAAGCAGCUGCCGCUGCUCCCGCAGAGACCCCCGCGAGGGUGGCGAGGCGCCUGGAACUGCGCUCUCUGGAGCCGCCCUCCCCGCGGUGGGGCGGGGACCGGGCGUGGCGGGCUGGGGCCGGCCAAUCCGCGCUCGGAGAGGCCCGGGGCGGGACUUCCGCUCCCGGCGGGGGCGGGGCCGCCGGCGCGAUGCUCGGAGCGGUCCCGGGAGCGAGAGUCCGAGCGAGCGCGGGCAGCCGCCCGGCCCGGGACCCUAGCUUGCGGCGCGUGGUCGCCAAGGCCCACCGUGCUCGGUGUCGGCGGCGCUCGGGACGGAGGGCUGCACGGCUCUUCCCCCAGGGGCUCGUGGCAGCGGCCCGUGGUCCCCCUGGUCAGGGCAGGCGGGGCGGGGGUCCCGGGAGCGGCGGCUCCGCGGUGGUUCCCAGGAGGAAUGGACGGUCGUUCGUGGCGGGCAGCGAUGCGUGAAGAGCCGCGCACACGGCCGAGGGCGCCCUCGGCCCCUCCGGACGGCGACUCCUCCGUGCGGCUGGCAGCACCGGCCGCCCGCGGGGAGCAGCCCUGCCGGAGCCCGCGCGUAGCCUGGCUCGCGCUCGCACGGACGCGGGAAGCCGCCGCGCACGCCGCCGCGCGCUGGGCCCGGGCCGGGUCUCGGUGUCCACGCUCCCGCAGGGAUCCGCUCGUGUUCGCGGGGGUUCAGGUCCCGAGCAACGCGGGGCGCGUCGGAGAGGUCCGGAGGGGCGCUCUCCGCACGCACCGGCGGACUUUCUCCCGUUCGCGUCUGUCCGACGAGGACGUGCGAACGUAGGACGCCCGGUAACGAGCGACUGGGGGGGUUCGGGGUGAGAAUGCCGGCCGGCGCGGGCGCUCGGCUGCGGGGGAGACGGGGCUCUCGUCCCGCACACUCUCUGACCCGAGUCGUCCCGGCAUCACCCUUCACCGCGGCGAGAGGUCAAAGACCGGUGGGCGAACGCACAGUGGGCGCGGUCCCGCAAAAAGGAAGACGUGCUGGUCCGCGCCACGUUCCACUUGGGUGAAGCCCCCAGAACAGGCAAAUCCAUAAAGCAAAUUAGUGGUUGCAGGGCCCCGGGGAAGGCGGACAUGGUCAGUGACUGCGUAUUUGACACGGGUUUCUUUCUGGGGUGAUGCGAAGUGGUGACGGUCAUACUGAUCGGGAAAGUUACUAAAAAUGAUCGACUCGGCAGCUCUCUCUGCUCUGCCCACGGUUCUGUCCCCAAGCUACGAUAAAAACACUUUCUUUUCACCAUAAAACAAAAAUCACUGAACUGUGUACACAA